GUCAUCUCUCUCGUUAUCAGUUCCUCUCUCAUUUGUGCCCUAGCCUGUCCCCGACUCCCCGUGAGGAGAAGAGCUUUCCCGUCGACGUCACCUGACCUCCCCUGCUCAUCCCCGUGAAGCCCGUCGCCGGGACUCGUGACCGCCCUAGCUUGUUCCCUUGAAGCUUGUCCCCGUGAGGCCGUUCAUCUCUGCUCGAGCUCGAGCCGCUCGACUAUCCCACUAUCCAAGCUCGAGCUCGCCUCUCUAGCUUGACACCGAGCGUUUCCAAGACUGUGGUCUCGGUCUGCAAUGGCGUCCGCGGCGGCGAAGGCUCCGUCGAGGUCGGAGGUGUUCUCCCUCUUCCGCUCUCUCCUGCGCACCGCCCGUGAUUUCUCUGACUACAACAUGAGGGAGUACAUGAAGCGGCGGACCAUCGACGCAUUCCGCAGCAACGGGGGCCUCUCCGACCCGCAGUCGGUCUCGGCGGCCUACGCCGAUGGGAAGUUGCAGCUGGAGGUGGCAAAGAGGCAGGCCAUCGUCUACUCCCUCUACGCCCCGAAGGUCAAGAGCGUGAUGGAGCUGAAGCGGCUGAAAUCGUCAUUCUUAUUCAUGGAGUAGGAGAUGACAUCCAUGAUGAAGUAACUCAAUUUCCCAUUCUCUUGGGACCGUCGAGACAUCGUAGUUGUAGGGUAUGAGUUUGGAAGAGUCGAGGCCAUUAGAGCCUGUUAUGGUAAGAGAAUGUAAAUCUUAUAACUUGUUGCUGGAGACAUUUCCUUCUCAGUCUAUUGUGUCGAAUGGAACCUUAACAUCAGUGGAAGGGCUCUGUUCAAUGAAGUCCGUUGGUCGAUAUUGAUGCAUAGAAAACUGUAGUUAUGCAUUAGAUGAGAUUCUGCUUCAGUCUUAGUUAAGAGGUAGUUGGUCCAUGGAGUUCUGAGUGGAUAUUGAUGCAUGGCAAACUCGAGUGUUACGAUUAUAAGAUGUUUCAGUACCGUGUUGUGCUGCUGUUUUUGUACGUAA